AUGGCUCCAUCAAAGACAGAUGGCGACAAGGAUGGAUUCCACACAGGCAAGAUCUACUCGGUAUCAGGGCCCGUUGUUGUCGCCGAGGACAUGAUCGGUGUUGCUAUGUAUGAGUUGGUGAGAGUUGGCCUCGACAACCUCGUCGGCGAAGUCAUCCGAAUCAAUGGCGACCAAGCGACCAUUCAGGUGUACGAAGAGACUGCCGGUGUCAAGGUUGGCGACCCAGUAGAGCGAACAGGCAAGCCUUUGUCCGUCGAGCUUGGCCCUGGCCUGCUGAACAACAUUUACGACGGUAUCCAACGGCCGCUCGCCAAGAUCGCCGACGUCUCCAACAGCAUCUACAUCCCCCGAGGUAUCGCCACCCCUGCGCUCGACCGCAAGACGAAAUGGGACUUCACACCAACGCUCAAGGUUGGCGACCACAUCGCCGGCGGCGAUGUCUGGGGAACCGUCUACGAAAACUCGUUCGUCUCGGUUCACAAGAUCAUGCUCCCUCCCCGCGCUCGCGGAACCAUUACCAAGAUCGCCGAUAAGGGCAGCUACACGGUAGACGAGAAGAUCCUCGAGGUCGAGUUCGACGGUAAGAAGAGCGAGUACGGCAUGAUGCAGACGUGGCCCGUCCGAGUUCCACGCCCCACGACUGAGAAGCACUCUGCCGACAAGCCCUUCAUUGUUGGCCAGCGCGUGCUGGACGCCCUUUUUCCCUCGGUUCAGGGUGGCACUGUCGCCAUUCCCGGCGCUUUUGGCUGCGGCAAGACGGUCAUCAGCCAGUCGGUUUCAAAGUUCUCCAACAGCGACGUGAUUGUCUAUGUUGGAUGCGGCGAGCGCGGUAACGAGAUGGCCGAGGUUCUGAAGGAUUUCCCCGAGCUCGAGAUCGAGGUUGACGGCCGCAUGGAGCCCAUCAUGAAGCGGACCACGCUCAUUGCCAACACCUCCAACAUGCCCGUCGCCGCGCGUGAGGCCUCCAUCUACACUGGAAUUACAGUAGCUGAGUACUUCAGGGACCAGGGCAUGAACGUCGCCAUGAUGGCCGACUCGUCAUCCCGCUGGGCUGAGGCUCUGAGAGAAAUCUCGGGUCGCUUGGGGGAAAUGCCUGCCGAUCAGGGUUUCCCCGCCUACCUCAGCGCUAAGUUGGCCUCGUUCUACGAGCGUGCUGGCAGGAUCCAGGCACUUGGCAGCCCGUCUCGCGAGGGCAGUGUCAGCAUUGUUGGCGCUGUUUCUCCCCCAGGUGGUGACUUUUCGGAUCCCGUCACUUCGGCUACGCUUGGUAUUGUGCAAGUCUUCUGGGGUCUGGACAAGAAACUGGCGCAGCGCAAGCACUUCCCGUCCAUCAACACGUCAGUCAGCUACAGCAAGUACAUGACAACCCUAGACAAGUGGUAUGAAAAGGACUUUCCCGAGUUCCCGAGGCUGCGUGACCGCAUCCGCCAGCUCCUUUCGGAUAGCGAAGAGCUGGACCAGGUCGUCCAACUGGUCGGCAAGUCGGCGUUGUCUGACCCUGACAAGAUCACACUUGACCUGUCUACCCUCAUCAAGGAGGACUUCCUACAGCAAAACGGAUAUUCAAAAUACGAUGCCUUUUGCCCCCUGUGGAAGACGGAGUGGAUGAUGAAGCUCAUGGUGGGAUUCCACGACGAGUCCCAGAAGGCGGUUGCCCAGGGUCUGUCUUGGGCCAAGGUGCGCGAUGCCACUCAAGAUCUGCAGGACCAAUUGCGGCAACUCAAGUUUGAGCGUCCUAGUGAUGGCGAGGAAGCCGUCACCAAGAAAUACGAGGCGAUACAGCAGAGCAUGCUCGACAAGUUCGCGUCCGUCACAGACGAGUAA